AUCUUAUUCUACCCAGUUGGUAACGUUGAAAAUAAGAAAUGAUAAAAUGAGUCGCUCUAAACCCUAGAUGUCAUAAGCAGAAACUUCCAGGAUUCUCACGUGUGAUAUGUAAUUGUAGAACGUAACCUAGCCUAUAUAAUAUUCAGUAAACUUCCUCUAAAUGUGUUCCUCUUUUAUUUUCUGAAUAAUUAUAUUAUUUAUUUUAUUAUAUUACCGAGACAAAAAACAAACAUUCUUAAAUAAACUGAAUCCAAAAAAUCCGAUUAUUAACGCGCGAUUAUAACCUAUAAACACUUUAAGUGAUUUAACUUUUGUGAAGAAAAUGUCAGCUCCGUGUCAAGACAUAAUUGAAGAUAUAGAAGAUUUAAUAUCAUCGCAAGAUAUUACACCAAAGGAACGAUAUAGUACAAGAAAGAAUGUCACUGUUCGUCCUAAACGUAAACAAAUAACUGAGGAAGUGCCGCAACUCUCAAUUCAUAGUAGCAUUGUACCAGGAACGCAGACAAUCUAUGUAAAAACAUGGGGAUGCACUCAUAAUAAUUCUGAUAGUGAAUACAUGGCCGGUCAGCUUGCUGCUUAUGGUUACAAAUUAACAGAAAACAAAUAUGAAGCAGAUUUGUGGCUCUUGAAUUCCUGCACUGUAAAAAAUCCAGCGGAGGAUCAUUUUAGGAAUGAGAUUCAAGCUGGAAGAAAGAUGGGAAAACAUGUUGUUGUUGCUGGAUGUGUACCGCAAGGUGCUCCAAAAUCAUCUUUCUUGCAAGGAUUAAGCAUGAUCGGUGUGCAACAAAUCGAUCGCGUGAUAGAUGUAGUCGAAGAAACUCUAAAAGGGAACAUCGUCCGGUUCUUGCAGCAGAAAAAGGAAGCUGGUAAAAAAAUCGGCGGCGCCUCCUUAAGUUUGCCAAAGAUUCGUAGGAAUCCAUUGAUCGAGAUCAUAGCUAUAAAUACAGGAUGUUUGAACCAGUGUACCUACUGCAAGACAAAACAUGCCAGAGGUGAACUGGGAAGUUAUCCCCCGGAGAAAAUUGUCGAACAUGCGAUACAGGCAUUCUACGAAGGUGUCUGCGAGUUAUGGUUAACCUCCGAAGACACGGGGACUUACGGCAGAGAUAUUGGCUCGAGUUUGCCCGAAUUACUGUGGAAACUCGUGGAAGUAAUACCUAACGGAUGUAGACUUCGCGUAGGAAUGACCAAUCCACCGUAUAUCUUAGAGCAUCUGGAACAGAUGAGCAAAAUACUGAAACAUCCAAAAGUCUACAGCUUUCUUCAUGUUCCGGUGCAGUCUGGAAGCGACCAGGUGCUAGCCGAUAUGAAACGAGAGUACACUCGUGCCGACUUCGAGCUGGUUGUCAACUUUCUGCGAGAACGUGUUCCUGGAUUGACCAUCGCGACCGACAUUAUUUGUGGCUUUCCAACGGAAACAGAAAAGGAUUUUGAGGAGACGAUGAAACUUUGCGAAAAGUACAAGUUCCCGAUUUUAUUCAUCAAUCAGUUCUUCCCCAGACCUGGUACACCGGCCGCGCGAAUGCCAAAAGUACCUACGCAAGAGGUUAAAAAAAGAACCAAAAAAUUAUCAGAAUUCUUUCAGUCUUACUUACCGUACGAUAACAGAAUAGGACUUGUCCAAGAUGUGCUAGUCACAGAGAUAUCCCAUGAUAAAAAGCACUACGUUGGGCAUAACAAAUUUUACGAACAGAUUUUAGUACCAUUGAGGGAGGAAUAUUUGGGAAAGAUGAUCACAGUAAAAAUCGUAGAAACAUCGAAAUAUUCAAUGAAGGGAGAGCCAAUAACCGAAGGUGUGUCCCCAGCGUUGAAACCAUGUUUACCAAAAGGAACUAUAUCUGGGAUACCAAUGGAAAUGAAACCAUCGAAAUAUAAAAUAGGAAUUAUUUUAACACUUUUCUUGGCUAUCUUUCUCAGGCUGUUGUGGAAAUUUUUGACGCGUUCUUGACUAUAAAUAGGUUUUUAUUUAGAAGUUCUUGGAUUUUGAAUUUGUAAGAUUAUUGCAAUUGCACAAAUAAAAACUAACAGGUAUAUAUAUCAAUAAAUCAUCUGUUUCAUGUUUA